ACAUGGCCGAACCUUCAGCGUCUGCACCGCCCAAAGAGGAACCACCCAAAGAGGAGGAGAAGGGCCCCUCAAAGCGCGCGCUCGAAAAGGCAGCAAAGAAAGCAGCCGCCAAAGCCAAAAAAGCCGAACACGCUCUUCGCCCCAAGGAGCAGGCAAAGCCGACCGCAAAGAGCGAGCCCACCAACAUCUUCUCCGAAGGUUGGCUGAAGCGCAUCUACGAAGAGAAGCCCGUCACCGAAGUCAGGACCCGUUUCCCGCCAGAGCCAAACGGCUUCCUUCACAUUGGACACGCAAAAGCUAUUGCUGUAGAUUUUGGUUUUGCAAAACAUCACAAUGGCAAAUGCUACCUGCGCUACGACGACACAAACCCAGAGAAGGAAGAUGAGAUAUACUUCAAGGCUAUCCUGGACGUUGUCAAGUGGCUGGGCUUUGAGCCUUGGAAGAUUACCUAUAGCAGCGACAACUUUGACAAGCUGUACGAGCUAGCCGAGGUGCUGAUCAACAAAGACGGCGCUUAUGUGUGCCACUGUUCACGAGAGGAAAUCAAUAACCAGCGCGGCGGACCCGAUAACCGUGGAAAGCGCUACGCCUGCGCUCACCGCACGCGACCAAUCGAAGAGUCCAUCGCCGAGUUCCGAGCCAUGCGCGAUGGAAAAUACAAGGCUGGAGAGGCGUUCCUCCGCAUGAAGCAGAAGUUGACUGAUCCAGACGAGGGCAACCCUCAAAUGUGGGAUCUACCGGCCUAUCGCGUUGUGAAGGAGAAUUACCACCACAGGACCGGCGACAAGUGGAGAAUCUACCCUACGUACGACUUUACGCACUGCAUUUGUGAUGCUCUGGAAGGCAUCACGCACUCCAUGUGUACUGUUGAAUUCCGCCAGUCGCGUAUUUCGUACGACUGGCUUCUGGAGCAACUGGACAUGAAGAUUCCAAAGUCGGAGGAAAAGGGACCCAUGCAGAGAGAAUUCGGUCGUCUCAGUGUUGGUGGUACUAUCUUAUCGAAGCGACGUAUUCUCCAGCUCGUUGAAGGAACAACUGUCGAGAAGAAGAAUGCCGAUGGCACAGUCGAGACGAAGAAGAUUGCACCAGCGGUGCGAGGAUGGGAUGACCCUCGCCUGUUUACCAUGGUCGCUCUCCGCCGCCGCGGUAUUCCAGCCAAAGCGAUGCUCAAUUUUGUCGACGAGCUCGGCGUCACAGAUGCGCUGUCUGAAAUCGAGCCGCCGCGAUUCGAAGCGUCAAUCCGCAAACACCUAGAGCGAACAGUACCACGUCAAAUGAUGGUACUCGACCCCAUCAAAGUCAUCAUUGAAGACUUUGCUGCCGAGGACGAGCAGGAGCUCACCGUGCCGUAUGAUCCCAAGGGCGCUAUUCCUGGAGAGCGAAAAGUCAAGGUUGGCAAUGCAGUAUACAUCGAUCGCACUGACUUCCGCGAAGAAGACAGCGCGGAUUAUUUCCGUCUGGCCCCCAACAAGGCUGUGGGUCUGUACAAUGUGCCAUUCGCGAUCCGUGCGACGUCCUUUUCCAAAGACGAGAGUGGCAACGUUACCGAGAUCAAGGCCGUCAAGGUUCCGGGAACAGAAAAGCCAAAGGCCUACAUUCAGUGGGUGGACGCUGCGACUGCUGUCCCGGUCACGGCGCGUCUGUACAACUCGCUCUUCAAGACCGAGUCUCCAAACACACUGGACUGGAAGACAGGAGGCUGGGCCGAAGACCUGAACCCCAACUCUGAGAUUAUCUACAAGAACGCAGUCAUUGAGAAGGGCAUCAGAAAUCUCAUCAGCGAGACGUCGUUGGAUUUGAGCGGUUCGUCCGACGCUCUUGUCCGUUUCCAAGCCCUGCGCACGGCUUACUUCUGUGUCGAUAUCGAGUCGACCGAGAAUGACAUUGUGCUCAACCAAAUCGUGAGUCUGAGGGAGGACAAGGGGAAAUAGACUUGUAGAGUAGAGGUCUGCGCGCGGCGGGUUUGCAGUCAUGGGCGCACUGGGUAUAGCUGACGAGUAGUAUGUAAUUGCGCCUUUUUAAAGCGCCCUUACCAUGCGC